UGAAAGUGCCUAACUUUCGUGAGGUUUACCCUUGGUUCAGUACAUACGUUUUAGUCAUUUAGCGAUUCGUCUUAUCCAAAGUGACUGAAGUCAGCUCCAGAAUGUAUGUAAUCUGAUGAAAUUGAAAUGAUUCAUUCAGAUUUGACAGGUAACUUAGUGUAUAUUAUCUGAUGGAACUGAUCUGAUUCAGGUGUGACAGAGGCGACUCCAGAGCCAGAACCUGUGGAUGACACCUACUGGUCAGGCACAGCCCCCAUCUGUAUGGGAGGUUGUAAGGGGAGACACCAGGAACUGAAGAAGGAUCGCUGUGGGGACUCUGACUGCUGCUGGUUUGGCUAUAAAUCCCUCUGCAGAGUGUUUGUCCUGUUUGCUCUUGUUCUAUGGUGUUUGUUCUGUCCUGUGUGGUUCAGUGAACUGUGGGAGGCCUGACGUGGACUAUAACGGGAUGGUGUACGGGAACGACUGGUGGGUGGGCUCAGUUGUCCGGUACGCCUGUCGCUCUGGCUUCCUAUUGGUGGGGGACCCUGCCCGAGCCUGCCAAUCCAAUGGAGGCUGGACCCCCAAACCCUCCUGUCUCAGGGUGUGUCGUCAGGGCCGUGUGGAGAUCACGGAGAAGGAGCUAGAAACGGCUACCUGCUCCUCCACCUGUCCCCUGAAGUCCUACAUGGGGCCUCUGAAGCAGGGCUGCUACGGCAUCGACAACUGCAGGAAGAUGAAUCCUGACUGGAAGCGCUGGUUCACCCGCUGUGACACGUGCCUGUGUGAUUGCCACAUCGCCUGUGGUAAGUAGUAAACUUUCGCGCCCUUGAGUGGUACAGUCCAUUGACUGAUGACAGCUAAAUCACGGCGCGUUUCAACUAGCAGGCAAUCAACUUAAACCAGAUCAGUUGGUUUCAAUGAAUGAAUGGAUGGAUUGGGUUUGAGUUCUUAAAAUAUGUACUCUAGAGUGUGGUUAAUAGCUUGUUACAUUACAUUUGUUCACACCGUGUUUAUUGUAUUCCAACUUAAGGUAACCCAUUCAUAUUUCACACGUUCUAAAAUCUUUGUCCCACACAACAAACACUUCCCCACAAUGUGUUUUAUCUUUAAGCAUCUUUAGGUUAAAAGACGGACAAAUUCCACUAUUGAGUGACUAGAAUAUGCAAUUCAAAACCAUCACAAGGAAUAUCAGUGAACAGCCUAACAUCCCAGAUCCUCAUUGGAAUCUCAAUCGCAAUGCUCGAAUCCUCAUCGGCCUAUUGCUGCUUCAUCUGCUGUCAGAGGGAGGAUCAAAGGGGAAACCUAGAGAGACAUCUCUGUGGAACUAACAACAGUCUGUCGCGAGAGACUGCGGUCCUAACCUCAACAACCUCAUGGGGUUAACGUAUAGAACACAGUGGAGGCAAAGACACUGCUUUUCCUCAGUUUCCCAAACAGACUCCCUGACUACGUGAAGGACUCAUCGUACAGCGUAUAUGAACAGUUUUGACGAUGGAGGGGGAGACCUCUCCGAGUGUAGAGGUUCUGUUUGGGAUUAACGAGUUGCCCUUUAGCUAAACCUGCUCAUUCAAUCCGUCCUGGAACCUUAGAAUGAGCUCGUUGUUGAGCUGAGACCUUAAUCUUGUUACCCACCGCAGCCCAGAGGAGAGUAGAGGUGUCGGCGGAAGUCAGAGAGGAGGACCAGGUUAACUAUCGCACAGCAUGUUUACUAUACUCCAUGUGGAGAUAGCUUGGAAUACAUGAUAUGCCAUGUGUAUUUCUAAAUGGAUGGGGAUACACUUUGUUACUAUUGUAAUAUCUUAAUUUCUCCUUAUGUUACAGCCAUUGGUUGGACUCUCUGUAUUGCUUAUAAGAUGUAGAUGGUUGUCAAAGGUACUUCCUCACUAACAAUGUUAGUUGUUGAUGAUUUGUCAUUGUCUCAUAAAUCCAACUCUUGUGUUUAGACCAUAGGGAUCGAGAUUCAUUCUAUUUUGAAUCCAUUCUAUUUAAUGAUGUGGUUUAGAUCGAGAGCUGAGCCUCCGGAUAUGUUUGUUUUUCUUUGGGUUUGUAGCAGCCAACUCCUGCAAUGAAAUGAACAUGACCAAGUCGAACAUUGAUUUUGUCUUAGUAAUGCUACGCUAACAACUGCUUAUUACACACAGAAUGGAAUAUAAUACAGUACAAUAGCGUUGUACAUACUAGGAGAACGGAAGAAUAAGAGCUGAUUCAUAAGCACUGUUUUAGACCCACACGAACCUGCGUCCAUCCUGGUCUGAACUCCAGAGGACUCUGACAGUAGCUCCCGGGAGAUCCGAUUGGCCUCAUUUCCAGCCACUCAAUUCACACGCUCCAGGGGCAGCCCGAAGUCUGGGUAACUCUUUCCCUAUGAACCUAUUAAAUGGAGAGCAACAAGUGUAAGUUCAUCGUGCACAACAAGGCAGGAUAGGCUAUGAUGACUGACCAUACCGUACAACAUUUUUGAUAAGAGAAAUCGACUUUGAUUUCUGGAAGUAUGUAAUUGUAAAGUUUCUAAGAAUUAAGCCUGAAAAAUGUAUGAUUUAUACAAGAGAUUCGAUAGUCUCCUCUGUCUAAUAAAAUGUAUUUAAAUGUG